AUGAACGGAAUAUUAAGAACUGACUACCACGCUAAUUUCAGUAUUGACUCUGUUUGGCCGAAUUGGGUUAGCUUCAGCGAUCAAUGCGACGUGUACAACGUGUGCGGCGUUUAUGGAAAGUGCGAUCAAUGGAGUGGCUGCAGCUGUCUAGAAGGCUUCGGUCCGAGAAACAGUCAGAUCUGGCAUAUGCAAGAAUGGUGGUCGAGCGGAUGUGUUCGCGAAAGCCCCUUAAACUGCAGUUCCCAAAACGGCAGCACCGAUGGAUUUAUUGAAUACCUUGUGUCGUUGCCUGAUAACCCCGCCUAUUCAUACCCUGCUCGGACGAGGAAAAUCUGCGAGACAGAGUGCCUUCGCAACUGCUCGUGCACUGCGUUUAGCUACACGGCACGUGCAGGGCCCUGUCAAAUAUGGUCUGGAGAUUUGCACACCUUGCGAAGCACAUCGAGCGGUCCAGCUCUCUUUUUCGUUCGCGUAGCUAAUGGCUCCAGAUUUGAGCCCGAUCCAUUUUUCUCGUCUCGACGCAAAGUAGUCUCAGUCUCAUUGCUUUCUGUUUUUGUCAUUGCUUUACUUAUUACAUACUUACUGAGGCGGAUGCGGCGUCGAUCAAGUUCCACUGCAGGCUGUGACGAUUCCUCCACCACUUCACUUAGAAUGUUCACUUACACGGAGUUGAAGAUAGCAACGGGGAAUUUCAAGAAUAAGCUUGGGAGUGGAGGAUUCGGGUCAGUUUUCAAAGGCAUUCUAACAGACACUACACUUGUGGCCGUAAAGAAGCUGGAGGGUUCAAGAAUCGCCGAAAAACAAUUCCGGGCAGAAAUCAACUCCGUGGGAAAUAUUCAUCAUGUGAAUUUGAUCAGGCUUAGAGGAUUUUGUGCACAAGGAUCGCACAGGUUGCUGGUUUAUGAUUGCAUGCCGAACGGUUCUCUCAAUUCCUUCCUCUUCAACCGUAAUUCUGAAAGCCAAGGGAAGACACUAGACUGGAAGAGCCGGUUCGGUAUCGCCUUAGGAAUCGCAAGAGCCUUACAUUAUCUCCAUGAGGAAUGCCGAGAUCGCAUUAUUCACGGUGAUAUCAAGCCCGAGAACAUUCUUCUAGAUGCCGAUUAUUCUCCCAAAUUGGGGGAUUUUGGAUUGGCAAAGCUUUUGGGUAGAGAUUUCAGUCAUGUGCUGACGACAACAAGAGGAACGAGAGGGUAUUUGGCUCCCGAGUGGAUCUCUGGUCUUCCAAUCACUCCCAAGGUUGACGUCUACAGUUUUGGAAUGACUCUUCUGGAAAUAAUAUCAGGACGAAGAAACCUUGACUUGAGCGUGCAAGAAUCAAGUAGGUAUUACUUUCCCGCCUGGGCGGCGACAGAAAUUCAGCAAGGGAGCAUGAUGAAUAUUGUGGACAAAAGGAUUGUAAAUAAUGCAUGUGUUGAGGAGGUGAGAAGGGCCACUCUGGUGAGCUUGUUAUGUAUUCAAAAUGAUGAGAACGCUAGGCCAAGCAUGGGUCAAGUCGUGCACAUGCUGGAAGGGAUCACCGAGGCACACGAAGUCGCACUGCAAAUGCCAAGCCACAUGGAGGACCACGAAAUUGAGGCAGGGAGCACUGAUAGCGAUUGA